GAAAAGCUUGAUUCUCGGCAGUCUGCGAUGCUUUCGUAUGUCGCCGGUAGGUUCAACAUAACCGCAGUCGUUACUAUGGAACUACUAAAUCAUAAGACGAUGGCAAGUACGAACAGUUUUUGCUGCCCCUCAUAAGAUGAACUUGCGUUAAGAAAUAUACUGCUGUUGCAUCCUUCGCGAAGCAUCAAAAGGCAUUGUUGCGCACACAGCCAUCGGAGAAAAGGCACACCAGAAACCAUAUCAGCAGAUCCCAACACCCCCGUCAUCACGCAAACAUAGAACCUUUACUUCAUAUAACCAUCUUUCGAGACCACCCUAACGAACACCCAUGAUGAACCAAACACCAAAGCAUUUCGUCUUUCUGGCCUGCCCGCCAGGCACGAGGCUGAGUGGGAACUCUGCAGCAACACUCUUUGCGGAGGUCACACAGCCAGAAAACUUGGAGACCUUCCUCUGUCACUGGAUCAAUCCGGCUCCAUUUCAGCAACCCAUAGGACCCUUGUCCACGACGUCGUUUCAAGACUGCCCGAAGUUGGUGAUGCUCCUCAACCAUCAAGAGAUCGGACGACUCACACAGUGGUGCCAGCACUUCUUCACCCAGCCAGACCAUCGAUUGCUGUACACUCCAAAGAUCAUCACCGAAUUCUACGGCUUGACCAGGGACGUCGAAUCCAUGUACUACGGCAUAUGCCAAAUCAGACAUAAUCCGCAGCAAGGACUAUACUGGUGGGCACCGCCGGACUUGGGGCUUCCGUUCGCUGCUGGCGUACGCUGGACCGAAUCGACUUGCCGAUUCUUCCGAACACCAUUCAACCCGGCCUAUAGGUCGGAUAUGAUUGUGGCAAAUCUUCCAGAUCCUAGACUGGCGUCAAGUCUAGACCUGUCGUAGACCCCGGGGUAUAUGACCCUGAAUCCCUAAUAGAUGGGUAAAGUAGGCUUCCUUGGCGGCCAGCCUCAAGUCAGCCAUUCAAACAAA